UCCGGCGCUCCGGGACGGGCGGCCUGAGGCGGCCCCGCCGCCCCCGGCAGUGAGAGGCGGCGGCGCGGGGCUGCGGGAGCGCCGGACCCACCAUGCGGGAGCUGGCGAUCGAGAUCGGCAUACGGGCGCUGCUCUUCGGGGUGUUCGUUUUUACGGAAUUUUUGGAUCCAUUCCAGCGAGUGAUCCAGCCAGAGGAGAUCUGGCUCUACAAAAAUCCCUUGGUGCAAUCAGACAACAUCCCCACACGGCUCAUGUUUGCAAUUUCGUUCCUCACGCCACUAGCAGUCAUUUUCGUGGUGAAAAUAAUCCGUCGGACAGACAAGACCGAAAUUAAAGAGGCUUUCCUAGCUGUUUCCUUGGCUCUAGCCCUGAAUGGUGUCUGCACAAAUACUAUUAAAUUAAUAGUGGGAAGACCGCGUCCCGAUUUCUUUUACCGCUGCUUUCCAGAUGGAGUAAUGAACUCUGAAAUGCACUGCACAGGUGAUCCAGACCUGGUCUCUGAAGGCAGAAAAAGUUUUCCAAGCAUCCACUCUUCCUUUGCAUUUUCAGGCCUUGGCUUCACCACCUUCUACCUGGCUGGAAAGCUGCACUGCUUCACGGAGAGCGGCCGAGGGAAGAGCUGGAGGCUCUGUGCAGCAAUCCUGCCCCUCUACUGUGCCAUGAUGAUCGCCCUGUCACGGAUGUGUGACUACAAACACCACUGGCAAGAUGCUUUUGUUGGAGGGAUCAUUGGCCUGAUUUUUGCUUAUAUUUGCUACAGACAGCACUACCCUCCUUUGGGUAAUACAGCUUGUCACAAAUCUUACGUCAGCCUGCUGGAUCAGAACUCAGUGAAGAAAGAAGAGAGACCCACAGCAGACAAUGCUACUGGGCUGCCUCUGGAGGGGAUAACUGAAGGUCCCGUAUGACUUUGAGAAAUGUGCAGAAUGAACUUCUAGCCUUCUCACAUUUCCUCCAAGCUGGUCUCUUAACAGUGGUUCUUAAUGUACAUUUUCCCUUUUGUUUCUUUCCUUUUUAUAAAGGGAAUUAAUUUUAUUUUUAAUGCCGUGAUACCAUCAUACUUUUAAAGUUAAAUUUUCAGUUCGUUCUGACUUGCUGAAUUAUCUGUUUUCUGUCUACUGCAAGCAGGUAGAACUACUCGAGGGAAGGGGAAAGAACAUUAAUAAAAACAAUCUCGUGUGGAGAAUGGUUAAGAGAGUAAUUUUGAGAUGUGGUUGAGCACAUACUAGAUCUGGAAACAGAUUUUCUGAAGUACCGAGUAUCUUCUGCAAAGUUCUGGUCAUCUUCAGCACUCAUUGAUUUCGAUGGGUGGCGAGUACACAGAGCACUUUUCAUCAGGUGUCCAACAUCUGUAAUUUGAUAAUUUAAGGCAUCAUCCUUAUGUUUAUCUUGCUGCCUUCUGACAUUAACAAAAAUCUCUACAUGCUGGUGGAACUUUGUAUUAAUUGUCAAGUUUUGCCAAGGUCAUUCUGAGCUACUAAUGACUAAGAAAGCAAAAGGUGUGGCUGGUGAAGCGCUUGUGAGAGCCAAGCCUUGUGCAUCAGUAGUUCCACAGGAUGAACUCACGUUCAAGAAAUUCCAUGCUGUUAAAAUUGCCAACUAAGAACAACACACAGGAUGGAUUAGAAACUUGGUGUUGCACCAUCAGCAAUUUUUGAGAACUCUUGCAGUAUUUACCAUUGAAACAAAUUUGAAAGAAAAGAACAACCAUUGCAUUAACAAGCUGAAGUCCUUCAAACAGGUGUUUAAAACCCCCUAAAACUGGGAGGAUAAAGAAACACAAAGUUUUCUGUGGAUCUCAUUGUGCCAUGUUCAUUCUUGUGUAGUGACUCACUGCAGCAUUGGUGACCUGAGGAAAUGCAAAGAUUCUCAUUCGUGACUUUGGGCGCAGAACCAGGAAUGCUUCUGGUGGUUUCCAGCACUGUAACAUGUCCAGAGGAAGGCUGGAGACAGUUUUCCACCAAUCCCAUCCCACAUUUUCAGCUCACCAUGCUCUUGGGCAUGGUGCUUGCCAAGGUUGGUACCUGAAUUGGAACUCACCUGAAUCAAACCACUGUUGGUAUGGAGAAGGUUGACAAGUGCGUGACCUAAGUUAAUUUGUUACCAGUAGGAUUCUUUUUGUUAGGUAUGCACUAUGCAGUAUACAUCACAUUCCUGUGAGAUGAUGUACCUUUGGGUGGCAGAAUGUCAGAUUCCAGGUUUUCUCUCCUUAGGUAUCCUGUGAAAAAUGCAGGCAAAAUAUUCCAGACCACACCCUGGCAGUUGAACAUUUCUUGGAGCAAUCAAGAUAACGUUGAUCAACGACCACAAUUACGGUGCUUCAGACUGGAGGAGACUGCUGCCAUGAUUAUAAUUUCUGUGUUCCUGUUGGAAUAUGCAUCGGCCUUGUAGACAUUUUGUGAUUCAAACAGCUCAAUGUCUUUAUGUAAGGCUUGUCACUUACUUUCCUCAAAGCUAAGCUUUGUAGAUUUUUAUUUUUUUUUUUUGAGAAGAGCUGCUUCCUGAUUGGCAACACUUGAAUUUUUAUAAAAAGCAAGUAAAUUAGGGUCCCAUUAAAAAUAAGCCUAAUAACUGUGUACAAGAGGAUGCAACCUUGCUGUGUAUAAACUUAUAUGAUAUUUGGAAAUGGCUAUGAAUAGGAAAUGACAUUAAGGAACAGAAAGUAACAGGAGUGAACCUGGAAGGUUCUGUAGAAAUCAGGCCUUGCAAAGCUGGCACAGUUUAACUGAGCCAGAGGGAGGAUGUUUCACUUACAGAAUUCUGAGCUCUACAACAGAGACAGUUGAUCUUAGCUGUGGUUUUCCUGGUGAAUAUACAGUAAUUCACAAUACCAGCAUCAGCAAAGCAAAAUUACGUGGCAUUUGCACUGGAUUUGACAGGACACCCCUCUGUUGUGGUUGAGAUCUUAUUCUAGAAAUCCAUAGAGUUCAAUGGAGGCUUAAUCUUCCUACAAAGUUUUUAAACCAUCCUACAGAAUUCUGUAACAAAUAUAGUUUUCUAUUACUUCAUGUGGGAGGAUUGCUGAGAGCCCCAGAGCCAGGGUAAGGCUUUAGCCAUUAGCUCUUUCUUUCAGCAGGAACCCUAGUCUUCCAGGUUAUAUGCAAAUGUUAAAAAAAGAAUAAAUCUUCAAUCAAAAUCAGAAGUUUAAUACUGAUGCAUAGAGCAUUUUGCAUGUUUUUAUAUAGAUCUGGCUUAUUCUCAAAAGGGAGUGGGGCCUUCUAAGUGUGCUGUACACAUUCUCAGUAUUUGAAUGGCUUUUGGUACAGGCAGGCUGUCUUUGGGAUGAGGAAAAGCUCAUCCAGCCUUCAAGUGAGUGGUGGCUGUUAAAGGAUUGGAACAUGAAGUGUAAUGCAGCAUAAAAACUGAAAUUGCAGGAGUAAUUGGUGACCUCGGAAAAGCAGUAAAGAAUAACACAUUUUAAUGGGAAUAAUUAAAUCGAGAGUCAUAAAGUAGACAAUGUAAAAGGUUUGAUUAAAAUGUAAUUAAAAUUAUGAAAGACUUAAUGGAAUGAAACUUGUGGAGGGAUCUGUAGGCGCCACAAUCACCAGUGCAAAGUCAGUGUAGGGAAGGCAUUUUUGUGGAUCAGUGUAUUUUAAUCUCAUGCUUUCUCAAUGUGAAGGAAAUGUAAUGUUGUAAUGCACCAAUAAAGCAACACAUGAAUGUGGGUUUGUA